UUUUUUUUCAAAAAGCGAAGUCGUAUCUGCUUGUUCUCGCCCUUGGAGGGUUGGAGUGGCACACACGAACACGUGCCUUUCGGUCAGCAAGGGGAGCUUCGAUGGAGAUUUUAUUCGAAGGAAUUUGUAAGAUUGAAGCUUGAACGCAGAACCUUAUUGAUCUGUGGGCUGUUGGAAAGAAGUAUCCGAGGUCGCUUCAAAGCGUUUCCUAUCUUCCCCAAAGUGAACUACUAGCCGUGCAUCGAAACUACAUUUCCCCGGGUGUACUCUUACAAUCCUUAAAUCGCAGCGUCUUGGGCAUCCCCAGCGGAUGAGCGUCCACCAUGGCGUCUAUGUCUACAUCGAACCACCAACAUCCCCCACCUACUUCGGCAGGCGACUUCGCCGGGAAUCCACCGCCGUCUACCUCGAACCCUGAUCAGAAUUCGCAUCUCGCAACAAGUGGGUAUGCGCCAAGCGAGAAUCAGCUGGCCGGGUUGGUGGAAGCAGCCACAGCCGCCGCUGGUCAGGACGUGUCUGAGUGGGCUGCAGCUGCAGCAGUCGCUGCGGCGGCCGGUGCAGCAGGGAACCAGCACCAGCUAGAGGGAUACGGCCCAGACAUCCAUUUAGAUGAUGAUGGCUUUGGCGAGGCAGCCUAUGGGUCAGGAAUGGGCAGUGGGCGACAAUUCCGCGGAGCGUCCGCCAACGAGCCAAGCCAGUCUUGCGGGUUGACACGAACAGCAACCAAAAAGAGGAAACGAGGCGAGGAUCCUCUUGAUCCAGCUUUGACGGCCUCUGGGGCUGGGUUGGGUGGCGGUCAUCAUCAGGCCCAGGCACACCACCAACACCAGCAACAUCAUCCCAAUCACCACCCGAAUCCGUUUGGUGGCGAUGGCCUGGAGAUUCGAAACACCCCCCCACAAUCACUGUCGGAUGCUCGUGCUGUUGGGUUACAUUCUGCAGCUGCACUGUUCCGUCAGCCAUCGAGCAAUAAAAAGUAUACCCGUCCGCCUAUGUCGAAGUUGUUUUCUUCUCUUGAAUUGUCCCCGGAGAAUUUCUUGCAUCUGCAGGCAGCUGCUAAAGCAUACAUGCUUGAUGACCGACACCCGGAACGUCGCGACUGCGUUGGCCAGCGUGGUAAAGGGGAUACGGAGAUGGUUAAGCUGCGGCUCUGGAAUUGCGUGCGUCACUUUCUCGAGGUUGAGGGGAAUGGCCCAAGAUUUUUUGGGGAGCAUGUGGUCAACGAAGGCAUAGGACCGCGCACUUACAUAUGGCCGAGGGACCAGCAGAAAAUCAUUUCUCUCGUUAUCCCGUUAUUGAGGAGGAUGGUCACCAACGAACGCCAGCGCCAGUAUGCCGUCGAAACAAGGAAAGGUGGAGGCACCGAGGAGCGGAGGCGCCGCAAGACAGAGGACAGUAUUCAGAAUUUCAACAGUGCAAGUCCUCCCAAGUUCACGGCGGAAGAACAUCUUCAAAUGCACGCGCAGCAUCACCUUCCGGACGAGUAUACGCCAACCGAACCUCCAUUAUCAGCCCCACCACUACCCCAUUCGCAGCCAGCCCCGAUGGCAGAAUUAGGUCUAAUGGACCUCUUCGUGGACGGAUACACGAAUGACUGGAAUACUUUUGCCAAAUCCUAUGAUAUGUACAAUGAGAACUACGAACUUGACAACCUGUGGUCGCUUUCUGGCCUGCAGCUGGGAGAUUGGCGUGGACUAGUCGCGGCCGUUGAUAGCCAUUACCAAGUUAUCCACGGUGGCGAUUAUCACUGCAACAACUACUGUGAGAGUGACAAUGUUGGCCGCAUCGUUAACUCGGAUGCAACUUCAGAUUUGCGCUGGCGCAUUGGUGGAAGCUCAAAUCUUCCUGCCAGAAACGAGUUUGCAAGCAGCAUUACCCGUGAUGUAUCGCGGAUUAUCCGGGAUAACCUAGCAAGACAUAAUAAUGGCCACAGCCAUGAUCCGUUGCCUCAAGCCGAGCCAAUGCCGCCACCCAAUUUCUCGCACCCAUCCGAACCUGCCAAUACAGCUCCGACUAUUCAUUCUCCUCUCCACCUGCGAAUAAAUAUCCUACAAAGCGGCAAACGCAUAUUCUCUUAUUUAGAUAUACCCGCAAACCAGUGCCCCGACAUUCCCUCUACGAAACAACUCAUCUGCCGUCGAUACACCGGGGACCCUGCCAUCCCAUCAUACGGGACUAUGGAAACUGCUCCUUGGAACUCAUCAGCCAGCUGGCAAAUCAAAGUCUGGCUUCCGGAUGGACUAACCCCUAUCGAAAAUGACGGCGACUGGACACUUGCCCUCCUGUCUGCUGAAAAGGUAGAAUGGAUGGACGGGGAAUUAAAAGUCCUGAUUGAAACAGAAGAUACCUCUUGAUUGCACCUUGAUACAUAAUUUAUUCUUCGCGAUUCCCUGGCACACCUUCUCGAAUCUGUUACGAACCAUCAUACCCACCUUGCUGAAAGCUUUGAUGAUGACUGUAAUUUUACUUUUUUGUCCUGCCUUUUUUUUUUUUUUUU